AUGACGAACACUUGCGACGGUGGUCGUUUCGAUGUGCCGCUCUACUGUGCUUUCUCGAAAGAAGAAUCAGCGGUGUGCGACAAACUUGAUGUCGGAAACUACGUUGGCAAUGGCAUUAUCUACGCAGUUGACAAGUAUUGGAAUAUAAGUGCUAAAAUUCUUUCUCAGACAAACGGUGACAAGAAGGAGUUGAUCACGUUUGAGGAUUCUGUUCAUAUCGCCAUGAUUUCCACUCACUUAGGUCAAGGUAGUAAAACGUGCGGCAUGAAGCUACUGGUAUCAUACGUGUCCAAUGACGGCGAUUUGGAGCGUCUUGACAAGUCUUGCGUCGAUGAGAUGCCCGCGUUCAGUAUGACUCCACUGCUUGACUAUCAGCACUACUUUCUGAGCACGGAUGAUGCCUAUGACGGAGUGUACAAUGAAAGGCUAUAUGCAAGUGUUACCGGUCCAACCUCAAGCAUGAGCUCAGCAGGACAGGUGCUUCAGCGUGAUGAGCACCAAGACUAA